AACCCUCAGACUCAUUCUUCUCUCUCCUUCCUCGAUUCUCUGCUCUUCCGACCUCCCGCAGCUGGACAGGCUUUUUGUAAUCAAGCAGAAGCUCACUGGCUUUUUUGCUUGAUCGCGCUCGAAGCUUUUCUUAGGCCGAGGGGAAAGAGUGCUGUUCGCCAUCCCGCAAAAGCGGUGUUGCGCUCUGACCGGUGAAUUUGGGGCAUGGCAACACAGCUGUUAGUGUUGCCUUGUCAUGCAGAAAACAUAUAUCGAUCAAGAACUUUUUUACUGUCCGUCUUACAGAGGACUGUUAGAGACCUUAGCUGCAGGCCUCGUCCUCAUUUUUGCUUCAUCUGUCUGGCUGCAACUUCAGUUAACAAUUCAAGAUGCAGGAAGCUGAUAGUCAAGAGCAUGGUGGAUGAAACCAGAUCAGGUCCUCCAAAAAACAACAAAGAAACCACUAGGCUGAUCAGAAACAUCCAAACUUUACUAAGAAAGUUAAGCAGUAGAAUUAAUGAGCUUAGAAGAGGUAUUUCAGUGAAGGUUCUGUUCUUCUUGUUGGGAUUUUACUGUGCAACUGCCUUUGCUACUGUUAUUGGGCAGACUGGAGAUUGGGAUAUUCUAUCAGCUGGUUUAGCUGUGGUGGUGGUCGAGGCCAUCGGCGCCGUAAUGUACAGUGCUUCUUCUCGAUUUUUCGACAAGAUGAGGGAUCUUAUCACCAUGUUUAAUUAUUGGAAAGCUGGGCUCACCUUAGGGUUGUUCUUGGAUUCAUUCAAAUAUGAGAUGGACACACUACUAGAGAAAUUUAAUCCCUUCUAUAUUGAUAUGGAUUUCUUUCACACACUAUUGUAAAAAAAAAUUAUCAUUUUUUUUUUCUAAGUUUAUCUGCUGCUAGCAAAUUCAGUUGCAUUUAAAAUAAUAAUAUGCGUUUCUAAACUCA